CGCCACUAACAGUGCGUAGUGCCCUGCAGAAGAAGACGCUCGCAGUCGACCAUCCUGCCUCUGUAACCAACUGAAAGUUGAUUAACAAACAUACAAACAAACGCUAUGGCUUUUCAAAGUCAUAUCGUCUCUCUGGUGGUGAUUCUGCUAUUAACCGAAUGGAACGAUUCUGUCCACGCAACAAAGACAAACGAAUCGUCUACCAUCGAACUCGGCGAUCAGCAAACGUCCGAUCAAUAUUAUCGACCUUACAACGGCGCUAAUCGACGUCCAGCUUACCCUACAUACGGCUAUAACCAACGUCCCAGUUAUGCAGUCAACAAUCAACGGCCGGCAGUUUACAAUCCACGGCCAACGUAUACGACACGACGGCCAAACUACCCAGUUUCUAACAACAAUUACAGGCCACCCGCAACAUCGUCCGAUCGUUUUACAAGUGGACUGUGCAGUUCAUCGCCCAACACGUACCAGCAGUACGGAAUAUGCUGGGACGCGGCCGCUCAAGGAAUGCAAAUCGGCUCGCAUUUAUCGAUUGAAAAUUUCGUUCGUUUCUACGUCGGUAACAUGGAAAACGAUUCAUUCGAUUAUCAGGACACGGGCAGAUAUUACGACGCCAUUUGCGAGCAAAGCAAGCGUUUCAAUGGCGUCGGGAUUUUAUGUUCGUAUUCGGACGACGAAGACUAUUGCACCGAUCAUCACAUCGCUGGAGGCCAAAACGACAUUACUGCCGUGUCGCAAAUGUGCUGGAACCAGCGAUGCAUUUGCAUAGUAGGAGACCGAUACGAGGAACUGGCAUUAGCUAUGCGUCCAAGUCUAUCUCAGCCUCCGUAUGUCGUGUCCAACAUUCCUGGUGGAUAUACUGGACCAGUUACCACUCAGGCCAUCCAACAGCAUGUCCAGCAAACAUUGGCCGCUGCCGGCAUUCAUUGGCAACCACCGUUCGGCUAAUGUUGUUCCUUCAAUCAUGUGGCUAUCUUUAUCUACUCUGUUUUUUUUUUCUAAAUG